GCAUCAUCUAAUGGUCAAGGUGCACUUUUCUGACACGGAAGCGAUUUCCAGCUGUCAAACAGAUUUUGGUAAAUCAGUUUCAGCUCUCGGUUAAAAAGAAAAUAACAGUCGACGUUACUUCAAAAUGGAUAGUCCACGCUGGUUGCCCCUAGAGUCGAAUCCAGAAGUCAUGACUAAGUUUGUCAAUUGCUUGGGUAUGAAACCAACCUGGCAAUUUGGAGAUGUAUAUGGAUUGGAUCCAGAGCUCCUCAGCAUGGUACCAAGACCAGUGUGUGCAGUGCUACUUCUCUUCCCAGUGACAGAGAAGUAUGAGGCAUUCAAGCAAGAAGAGGAAGAGAAACUCAAGGGUCAGGAACAGGAGGUCUCUCCUGACGUCUACUUCAUCAAGCAAACUAUUGGAAACGCCUGUGGAACGAUAGGAUUAAUUCAUGCAGUGGCAAACAACCAGGCUCACCUGGACUUUGAGCCCGAUUCUGCUCUUAAGAAGUUUAUUGAGCAAACCUCUAAAAUGACCUCAGAGGAAAGGGCCACUUUUCUGGAAAAAGAUGAGAGUAUACGUGUUACACAUGAAUCCAGUGCACAGGAGGGACAGACCGAGGCCCCAAGUUUAGACGAGAAAGUGAAUCUGCAUUUUAUAGCUUUUGUAAAUGUUGCAGGACAGUUAUAUGAACUAGAUGGAAGAAAGCCUUUCCCUAUUGUUCAUGGAAAAACUUCACAAGAUACUUUCCUCGAGGAUGCCGUUGAAGUUUGUAAGGUCUUCAUGGCUCGCGACCCUCAGGAGCUUCGUUUCACCAUCAUUGCCCUUUCUAAAGAUGCAUACUGAGAAAACUCCCAUGUGUCCCCAGAAAACAAAGAAAACAUUACUGCCAAACAUUCUUAAGUGCUGAAUUUAUUGGAAAAUUGAAUUUUAUUUUCAAAAUACUUGUGGGGGAACUAAAAUGCCAGGGAUAUCCUUCUGAAGUAAUGUUCCAUUGUGGUUAUACAUCACUUGUUACUACCUGGAUGAAAUUCUAAGAGAAUCAAAGUGCUAAGGGAAACUCACCUUCUCUAUUACUCUUGGUUCAAUGAUACAUAUGUAUGUUGUGAUUUUUGAUCAUCCGUCUAACUACAUGGUCAAAUCCAGCUGAAGAAACAUGUUUUACAAGGCUUUAAUUUCAUCAAUAGUUUUUGAAAAUAACAGGCAAAAUGGUGUUGGAUUCAGUAAUGUUCUGAAAGGUUAUCAAAAAAAAAGUCUCCUGUAAGUGAGGCUAACUGAACAAAACAGACUGUACAUCUGUGUGGAAGUUGCCUACAUUUUUGUAAUAAGAAUUAAAAAUUCUGUCAAAUAAAAGGCAAAUUUAUUAAA